AUGAGUAUGAGACAAGCUAUUCAAACAGAUAGUGACCUUAAUGACCUAAUAAGGGAUGCUCUGCAUGACAACAAAGCUGUAUACAAAAUCCUUAAAUCCUUGGAAGAGGACAUACCUGUUAAAGGAUGGAAGAUUGAUAAUGGCCUACUAUACUAUCAUGAUUGGAUCUAUGUCCCCAAUGAGCCAGAAAUCAGGAAAGCCGUCUUAGAAAGCAGGCAUGAUAACCCUUCCACUGGGCACCCAGGACAGUUCAGAACCUUAGACCUCCUUUCAAGGGAUUACUAUUGGUCAGGGAUGAAACAGUCUGUAACAAAAUAUGUCCAAGCAUGCAAUUCAUGCAUACAUAGCAAACACUCCAAUUGGGCUCCUGAAGGUCUCCUUCAAAACAUAGAUUUACCCAAUAAGCCCUGGGAGGAAAUAACGUAUGACUUGAUUGUAGGACUCCCCACCUCAGAAGGAUACAAUGCAAUAUUAACAGUAGUGGACCGCUUAUCCAAAAUGGUUCAUUUCAUACCAACGCACUCUGAUGCAACUGCGGUUGAUGUUGCAAACCUCUUUGUAUCCUUUGUGUGGAAGUUACAUGGGUUACCCAGGAAAACCAUUUUGGACCAAGGCCCCCAAUUUAAUGCAAAAUUCUUGAGACAAGUCUACAAGCGGUUGGGGAUAGAACCACAUUUCUCCACUGCAUACAGACCACAAGUUGAUGGACAAAGUGAACGCCUAAACCAGUUUGUGGAAAUUUACCUACGCCACUACAUCAACUAUAGACAAACAGACUGGGUUGCGUCACUACCACUUGCGGAAUUUGCAUACAAUAAUGGGAAACACUCAGGCUCCAAACACUCCCCCUUCUACAUGUGCUAUGGUUAUAAUCCAGACUUCACAGUUGGAAACACCAAGGAAAGCCAUGUCCCCCAAGCCAACAACCUAGCAGACUUCCUGAAAGAGAUCCAAACAGAAGCAAAAGCUGCUUUAGAAAUUGCUGCAAGACAAAGUGCGCAAUACUAUGAUCUAAACAGAAGGGAAGCAACCAAGCUGGAAGUUGGUGAUAAAGUCUAUUUGAGUAGUGCCAACAUCAAAACUUCAAGGCCUUCCCAUAAGCUAGAGCAUAAGCAAUUGGGGCCCUAUAAGGUCUUGGAGAAAAUUGGCAGGAACUCCUAUAAACUGGAUCUCCCUAAAUCCAUGAAAGUCCAUCCUGUCUUCAACAUUGCCCUUUUACACAAAAAGCCAGUAGACAAAUAUGACCGUGAUCCAGUACCACUUCCCCCAGUUGUCACAGCUGAUGGAGAAGAGGAAUAUACUGUUGAAAGGAUCCUAGACUCCAAGAAAGUGGGUCAACAAGUCAAAUACUUGGUUAAAUGGAAAGGGUAUGGACCAGAGGAUAACACAUGGGAACCCAAGGCCCACUUAGCCAAUGCCCCUGAGAAAUUGGCUAAGUUUCACCAUGAACAUCCAGAGGCAGCUGGACCUUAA